AUGCCAAUCUUCAAAACUGCGCCGUGCUAUCUUAACGCUCCGUACCCCCCGCAAGUCGUCGAUGCAGUCGCGGAGCAGGGACACAACAUCGAGCGGCACGGCCCACUGUACCACAUCGGCAUCCACCAAGACCUCGCCGCUGGGCCUGAGCUUAGGUCGUGGUGGUUCGCCGAGGAUCUGACUGCUGAGCCAUCGGUCGUGCCUGAUGGUUGGACAGUGCUUGAGACUGCCGCUCUGUUCGAUCGCGAGGGGAUGGACACUGACGACCAGACGGUGAACGUGGCACUUGAACUACUUCUACCGGGCGUUGCCACCGAUGAGAUUCCCCUCAUUCAUGACAAGAUCUUCAAAGAUGUCAAUGGAGUGUACCGAAGCCGAUGGUUUACGGAUGUACGAGGCCCUAGCAAUCCAUUCGUGCAAGGCCUUGCGAAUGUAGCCGUCCAGCAUGUAGGCGUAAUCGUACGUGUUGGCCAAGGUGCCGAGGACCAGGUCGCUAAGGGUGUCGACGCCCAGCCGACAGAUCUUACAGGCGAGGAUGAUGAUGAUAUGGAAGGAGAGAUGUGCAAUGAUCUCGAGCGAGCGGCGGCCAACUGCGACCAGCGUGGGACAGACAUACCGAAUCAAUAUGUACCGCUUGCAGCUCCUGCGGCCUCAGAACCGGCAGCUCCACAGCCAGUCUCAGGCUCAGCAAACGAUCCAAGAACCCACGCCUUCCCUUGCCCAAUGCCAGCUUGCACCAUCGGAGGUCGAACGAUGAACCGCCGCGCCCUUGUUGUCAUCCACAUGCGCGAGCACGGCUGCAAUCUGCCCAAGGCGCGUGGUGGCCCGGCGGACAAGACUGCAUAUAACAAGAUGCAGAACAAGGUUGCUCGACGGUGGCUGAACGACCGAGAGAUCUCGUGGCGUAACAGUGUAUUUGAGCUGGGCGCUGACGAUGAGGAUGGGGAGGAGGAGGAGGAGGAGGAGGAGGAGAAGGAAGCGGAUGACGAUGAGAUGCGGAUCUGA